GAAUAAACGUCCACGGCCUGCUUCUGAAAAGGAGGCAGCAGGCGAGAGGCAGUGCACUGCAGAGUCUCUUCGAAAGGCAGCUUUCCAGGGACAGCUGUCCCAAGUGCGACAACUGCUUCAAGGCCUCAACUGCGUGGAGCGCUUGCUUUUGGUGGACCUUUGUGAAGCAGAUGGCCUGACAGCUCUUCAUUUAGCCACCAUCGGAGGCCACCAUGCCGUUUGCAGCACAUUAAUUGAGGGCCGUGCAGAUGUUGAUGCCCGCAGCGCUCAGCAUGACACUCCACUCAUGUGGGCAGCACACCUUGGUCACAGUGCUGUGUGCCAGCUGUUGCUCAAAAGCGGGGCUGAUGCCUCCAUAAAGAAUGCUUCUGGCCAAACUGCAGUGCCUUGGAGAUUACCAGAGAUGUUGCACUAG